AGAAAUGGCAGGAUACUGAAGGGGCUAAAGGUUCUGCAUGCCCUAAGGCCCAUCUGGGUUUAAGUGGCAUUGAAGCACUACAAGGUUUGCUUCACCAUCGCUGGAACUUCUUUAAGAAUUUUGAUUUCGCCAGAAACCGAAGGUCUCUCUCCUAUAUCCUUCUGCCAUGUUCACUCUAUAAACCACUUCCAUCCUGUAGAUUUCUUAACAUUGACGGCAAGUCGAUGGCAAUGUCAAGAUCAGCUGCAAUGGCUAAACUGGUCAGACAAAUCACUCAACUUGGAAUGGUUAGAGUUCAGACCCUUAAUUGCAGUUACAGUACUAUGGUGCAGGCUCAAAUGGCCAUGCAAAGAAAUGUAAGUACAAUGUCAUCACCAGAGGAUCAAUCAGGCAAGGAUGCCGGAGGUGUACGCAAGCACCAGAUUGGAGAGAAUGUGUCAAGAAAGGAUAAGAUUAACUUUCUUGUUAACACACUUCUUGAUCUCAAGGAUAGUAAAGAAGAAGUGUACGGUGCAAUGGAUACCUGGGUUGCAUGGGAGCAGAACUUCCCUAUUGGGCCGCUAAAGAGGGCAUUGCUUCUUCUUGAGAAAGAGCAACAAUGGCAUAGAGUUAUUCAGGUUCUUAAAUGGAUGCUAAGCAAGGGGCAGGGCACCACAAUGGGAACAUAUGAGCAGUUGAUUCGAGCAUUAGAUAUGGACCACAGGGCAGAAGAAGCACACGUUUUUUGGGUUAAAAAAAUUGGUAGUGAUUUACAUUCAGUACCUUGGAAGUUAUGUGAUCUUAUGAUAUCUGUAUAUUAUCGAAACAACAUGCUAGAGAAUCUUGUAAAUCUCUUCAAACGCCUGGAAGCUUUUAAUCGUAAACCCCUUGAAAAAUCAACAGUGCAGAGAGUAGCUGAUGCAUAUGAGAUGUUAGGUUUACCUGAAGAGAAGGAACGAGUGUUGGAGAAGUACAAGCAUCUGUUUACUAAGACAUGGAAAGGAUCCCCGAAGAAAUCUAAGAAAAUCCCUUUACUUACUGAAAAAAAGGACUUCUAAGCAAAUCCUUGCCAAGAAAAAGCAGAAAUCAGGGCAGAGAAAAAAUGCAUCCAAUUAAAGAUUUUCCUGCUGAUUAGUAUAACUUUAGUGUUUAUGAUCACCAAAUUGUUUCUUCGUUACGAGGGCUUCUUAGUUGGUCAUCCACAGAGUGCAAUUGGCUUUCUAUCCUGCUACAGAUUGUAUUUUGUUCUGGAAGACCAAGACUUGAUAAGUGGGCAUAUUGAGCCAAGAAGUGCAAGAUCAUUAGUAAGAACUUCGAUAUUUUAUUUUCUUGGGAUGUCUAAUUAGAACUGAAUUGUGAAAAACAUUAUUUCUAGUAUGUAGUUUUAAUCUUUCUUUCAAAUUCUACUA